AUGUGCUUUUCGGACUCAUCGGGAAACUCAUGCAUGACAUUUGAUGGUCAAACAGCAAGAGAAUUAGGAAAGAAAUCGCGAUUUAACCAUCAAUUUGGUUCGUUGUGUGAAAAGAACGGCGUGGUUUAUGGUGGUGGUGGUCGAGAAGAUGUGAACACUAUCGAAUUUUAUAUUGGAGAUCAAUGGCAUUACAAUCCUGCUUACGACAAUCCGGCGGGCUUCCGGGAAAGCACUUGCUUGACGGUUCCAGAGGGAAUUCUUUACUUUGGCUAUCCCAAAACUUACCUAUUCAAUACUGAAUCCUUGACAUGGAAAUCUACCGGGGAUGCGUGGGUUUAUGGAGCUAAAAUAAGAUUUGUUAACAAUCAAAUCUGGUCAUACCAAGGCUACUACAAUAACUACAACCUGAGGCUCUACUGGGAUGGUGAUAGAGUUACCGAAGGAGACCGAAAAAUGCUACCAAUAGGCUACGAAGCACCCAAACCAGUUAUUCUUGAUGAAGACGAAUUUGCUCUUAUUGAAUAA